AUGGGCAACAAAAGCUCUUCAAAAUCCAACACCGAUUCUCAGGAAACAAACACCACCAAGAAGAGCGCAUUCAACGGACUAGGAAACGUCAUUAGGCUCCUUCCGACCGGGACCGUCUUCUUGUUCCAAUUCCUCAACCCUGUCUUGACCAACAACGGCAAGUGCCACGCCGUGAACAAGUACCUUAGCGCCGGUCUAAUCGGAGUUUGCGGCCUUUCGUGUAGUUUCGCUUGCUUCACCGAUAGUUACAAGGGCAAGUUCGGGUUGACCUACUACGGGGUUGCCACGGCCAAGGGCCUCUGGCCAGGCUCGAGCUCCGUGGACCUGUCGCAGUAUAAGCUUCGGUUCGGAGAUUUCGUCCACGCUUUCAUGUCGGUGAUUAUUUUUGCUGUCUUGGUGUUGUUGGACACGAACACCAUGAGGUGCUUCUAUCCGUCUUUCGAGCAUACGGAGAAUACUUUGAUCAAGGUUUUGCCGACCGUGAUCGGCGUGAUCUCAGGCAUCGUGUUCGCGUUGUUCCCGACCAAGCGCCACGGAAUUGGGUAUUCUUCAAGUGAGACUAAGACCACCUCAGAGACUAGUACUACCUCGGAGAGCAAAGCCUAGGGGGCUCGAUGAUAAACAUAAGUACAUAUCCAUGAUCCAAUGUAACCGCAUGCAUAUUUCCAAAUA